AUUUGUUGUGACCGGGAUCAUCCUUGCUGUAUUACUUGAACGGCUGAACCCUUAUAAACUUUUAUAUUCCCUUUGUAGAAAUAGCGACACUUAGUAAUGACAUAAUCUACGCUUAAUGGCCGAUGCCAUCACGCCAAUAAGCCAGUAAUACUUUAACACAAAUACGCACAUCUAUUGGCUUAUGGGUCCAUAUCAGAAUUUGAACGCAUUCAUGGCUUGAAUUGGGCAAAUUAGACUGGCAGAUGAGAUUCAAAUCGCUUUUUAAUUUAGGAAAUUUCGUCCCGUUCCUCCAAUUACUGCCUUUUAUCUUACUAUUACGUCACCAACCCGAAAACAAGAUCCCAAAUCCUUAACGACCUAGAGUUGAGAUUAGGAAUAGUUUCUUUCAUUUCCUUCUGGGUUAAUUCGAUUUCAAGUUUUGCCCUGGAAGGAAUAGUUAAUUAUCUUUAUUUUCUUGCAAUUACUGGAGUUGGGUGUGUCAGAAUUGAUCGGAAUUUCAGUUAUUCCAAUUUUGCAUAAUUAGGGUUGCUUCGCUGGUGUUAGAUUGAUAGAGAAGCUGAAAUAACAUCUGGGGUUUCAUCGUUCGGAAUAUCCAUAAUUGUAAUUUUGCAUAAUUUGGGGUUGAUUUUCUGGUGUUAGAUUGAUAGAUAUCUUCUUUUUUUAAAAAAAAAAAAAAUAAUUUCAUAAUCCCAAUUUUGCAUAAUUUGGGGUUGCUUUUCUGGUGUUAGAUUGUUUAAGAAGCUGAAUUAGCAUCUGGGUUUUUUUUUAAAAUUCCAUUUUGAGGGUUAUCAUUUAGACGAUUAUGAUAGAUGCUAAAUCAUAAUCGUUGUAAAGAGCUAUUGGUAUUGUAAAUUGUGAUAGAGGUAUUUUUUCUGGGUAAAAAAAGAAUGUACAGUGGUAAUUUGGAGGGGGUGAUACUAGCAUGUGUAUCAAGUGCUUUUAUAGGUUCCAGUUUCAUUAUCAAGAAAAAGGGUCUUAAACGUGCUGGCAUUGCUGGCGCUCGAGCUGGUGUUGGUGGGUAUGGGUACUUGAUGGAGCCACUUUGGUGGGUGGGAAUGGGAACUAUGAUUGUUGGAGAAAUUGCUAACUUUGUUGCUUACAUUUAUGCGCCUGCUGUGCUUGUGACACCACUCGGUGCACUAAGUAUAAUUGUUAGUGCGGUGCUGGCCCAUUUCUUACUGGAUGAAAAACUACAAAAGAUGGGGAUGCUUGGGUGUCUUCUUUGCAUAGUGGGGUCCACUAUCAUUGUGCUUCAUGCACCAGGGGAACGUUCAAUAGAGUCUGUUGAUGAAAUAUGGGGAUUGGCUGUUCAACCAGCAUUUCUGUUAUAUACAGCAUCAGUUGUGGCGGUGGCGUUGGUAUUGAUCUUGUACUGUGCUCCCCGAUAUGGCCAGACCAAUAUAUUGAUUUAUAUUGGCAUUUGCUCAAUAAUUGGAUCUUUAACUGUAAUGAGUGUGAAGGCCAUUGGCAUAGCGAUAAAACUUACACUGGACGGUGCAAAUCAAUUCAAGUACUUGCAAGCAUGGAUUUUUGCGAUGGUUUCAGUUACAUGUAUCAUUAUUCAAUUAAAUUAUCUCAACAUGGCGCUUGAUACAUUCAAUACAGCAGUGGUGUCUCCUAUCUAUUAUGCACUCUUCACAUCCUUUACAAUUCUUGCUAGUGCAAUAAUGUUCAAGGACUACUAUGGUCAAAGUAUAAGUAAUAUAGCAUCGGAGCUUUGUGGAUUUAUCACCGUGCUGUCAGGAACGACGAUCUUACAUAGUACAAGAGAACCUGACCAGCCUUUUAUUACAGAUCUAUACACACCACUCUCUCCGAAAGUCUCAUGGCAUCUUCAAAGCAAUGGAGAGCUCUGGAAGCAAAGGGAGGACGAUAUUCAGCCUCCAAACUCUAUCACUAUCAUCCGGCAAGAUUACUUCAAAUAAAAGUUCGUUUAUUGUCGGGAAAAUUUUGCGUUUAGACUUUAUCGUCCCUUAGAGAUGCAGUUUCUCUGUACAGAAGGUGUAAUAUAUCGGUUUCGAGAGAGAAUCUUCACUAUUUGGUAAUCGGCAUGUUAUAAAUCAUGCUUGUACGACGAGUUGUUGGACAAGGCGCAUACUGCAGAUAUAAGCGUAUUGGUUCAACUCGAAUUUCCUCGAAGCUGCACUUCUCCUUGUAAUUUUCCUCUGUGCAAAUAGCUUUCUAACUAAUUAUUUUUGGUAGCAUUAAAUUUUAGGAAAUAACAUUAGUCCAUAUGGUGAAGAUUGUGGUAUUAUUAGGGGUAACUACAAAAGUUUACUCCUUUAUUCUUUUUACUACUGAACUAGCAGUACCUGUGUUGUAGUAUAUAAUGCAUCAGUGUUUUGUUUAAGUUGAAUCACUUGAUGUGUUGAAACUCCAAAGGGUGCAAAAUCAAGACCACAUCAUAUCUCA